AUGCAUGCGCCCCGGGCCGACGCUGCCGCCCCUGCCCGCAGGUCGAGCACGGAGCUGCGCAAGGAGAAGUCCCGGGAUGCGGCGCGCAGCCGGCGCAGCCAGGAGACCGAGGUGCUGUACCAGCUGGCGCACACGCUGCCCUUCGCGCGCGGGGUCAGCGCCCACCUGGACAAGGCCUCCAUCAUGCGCCUGACCAUCAGCUACCUGCGCAUGCACCGCCUCUGCGCCGCAGGUGAUCUGCCCAUUUGGAGCCAGGUGGGAGAGCCGUUGGAUGCCUGCUACCUGAAGGCCCUGGAGGGUUUUGUCAUGGUGCUCACCACGGAGGGAGACAUGGCUUACCUGUCGGAGAAUGUCAGCAAGCACUUGGGCCUCAGCCAGCUGGAGCUCAUUGGACACAGCAUCUUUGAUUUCAUCCAUCCCUGCGACCAGGAGGAGCUGCAGGACGCCCUGACGCCCCCACAGAACCUAUACAGGAGGAAGCUGCCGGCCCGCACGCUACGCCGUUUCUCUGUGCGCAUGAAGAGCACCCUAAGCAGCAGGGGUCGAACCCUGAACCUCAAGGCGGCCACCUGGAAGGUCCUGCACUGCUCCGGGCACCUGAGGGUCUACAAACCCCCCGUGCAGUCGCCCCCAGCCAGGAGCCCCCGGCGGGAACCCCCCCUGCAGUGCCUGGUGCUCAUCUGUGACGCCAUCCCGCACCCCGGCAGCCUGGAGCCCCCCCUGGGCCGCGGGGCCUUCCUCAGCCGCCACAGCCUGGACAUGAAGUUUACCUACUGCGACGAGAGGAUCGCAGAAGUGGCCGGCUAUAGGCCCAAUGACCUCAUCGGCUGCUCGGCCUAUGAGUUCAUCCAUGCGCUGGACUUGGACGCAGUGGGCCAGGCCAUCCACAGCCUACUCAGCAAGGGUCAGGCCGUGACCGGGCGGUAUCGUUUCCUGGCCCGCAGCGGAGGUUACCUGUGGACCCAGACACAAGCCACUGUGGUUUCGGGGGGCCGGGGCCCUCAGUCCGAGAGUAUCAUCUGUGUUCAUUUCCUGCUCAGCCGGGUGGAAGAGACUGGAUUGGUGCUGUCCCUGGAGCAAACAGAGCGACCCUCUCGCAGACUCGUUCAGCCGGGCACCCCCUCUCAGAAGGACAUCCCUAAUCCUGGGGACAGCCUUGACAUCUCCGGCCCCCGGAUCCUGGCCUUCUUGCACCCUCCUGCCCUGAGCGAGACCACCCUGGCUGCUGACCCUCGCCGUUUCUGCAGCCCCGACCUCCGGCGUCUCCUGGCCCCCAUCCUUGACAGGACUUCUGGAGCCGCUGCACCCAGCGCACCCCCAGUUGCCCGGCGCCCCCAAAGCCCACUUCCAGCAGAUCUUCCUGAUGAGCUGCUUAUGGACAUGGAGAAUGCGCACAAGGUCUUGGCUUCAGGGAGAGACCUUGAGGCAGUGGAGACAGAUCUAGAUAUAGCUCAGGAGAGUGAUGAGGCUCUGGCCCUGGAGAUGCUGGCCCCCUACAUCUCCAUGGACGAUGACUUCCAACUCAGCACCAGUGAACAGCCGCCCAGGGCCUACCGCCGACGUCGAGGGAUCGCGCCCCGGCAGCGUGCCCAGAGCUUCCAUGGCCCAUCACCUGCCUCCCCGGAACCCUCCGUGCUGCCCCGCUGGGGAAGCGACCCCCGGCUGAGCUGCUCCAGCCUUCCCCGAGGAAAGCCCUUCAUGUCUGUGCCUGUGACUGGAGCCCGGAAGAGAGCCCUGGCUCAGAGCUCAGACGAGGAUGAAGAGCUACUGGGAGUGAGAGCCCCAAAGCGAUCCCCCAGCUUUGAACCUGAAAAUUUCCUGUUGCCUCCACUCAGCCUGAGUUUUCUUUUGACAGGAGGACCAGCCCUGAGCAGCCAACCUACUUCCAGCACCCCAGUCCUAGAACUCAGUCCACCCCUGGGCUCGGCCUCCCCACUACUCUCUCUGUACCCCACUGAAGACGGCGCCCAGCCCAAGAGCCACUUCCAGCCAGCAGUGGGCUUGACUCUGGCCAACUGAGUCUGGCCCCCACCUUCCCAUCUGCCCUUCACACCCCACACCCCACAAAGGAUCUCAACCACACUCCAAGUCGGCAGCCAAGACACAGGAUGGGGUGUCGGGGGGCUGGGGGAGACCCCUACUUUCCUCAGAAUGAUCCCCACACCUCAGCCUACCUCAGCAUCCACCCCCCAGACAUUCCUUAGGUGGGGUGUUCUUUGGGGUGGUCUCAGCUCAGUGACCUGUGGGAGGGGGCUGUGGCCCCCCCUAAUUCUCUCAGGAUUCCCCCUACGGUUCUUCAUACCUCAUCUGUCCCACUCUCUCUCCGGGCUUGAUUUUGGAUAUUUGGGUAUUGGAGAAGG